AUGUUUGCACCUGGAGGGUCCAGUGCUAAUAUGUAUGCGAUGGUACUAUCGAGACAACACGCCUUUCCUCAAUCCAAACACAAGGGUAUUAGAGAUUUGGGAGAACUCGUGAUGUUUGCCUCCGAAGACUCGCACUACUCUUUCGUGAAGUCCGCCAUUUGGUUAGGAAUGGGAACGGCGUCUGUAAUCAAAGUGAAAGCCGACGAUAGGGGUCGUAUGAUUGUAGCCGAGCUAAGAGACAGUAUAUUAAAGGCUAGAAAAGAGGGUAAAGUGCCGUAUAUGGUUGGGGCCACUGCCGGCACUACCGUUUUGGGUGCCUUCGACCCGUUGCCAGAGAUCGCAGACGUCUGCCACGAGUUUGGGCUAUGGCUUCACGUGGACGGAGCCCUCGGCGGCGGUUGGCUUUUGUCGACACAACACCGCAACCUUUUGGUCGGUGUGGAGAGGGCUGACUCAGUGACCUGGGAUCUCCAUAAGCUGACGUGUGCUCCUCAACAGUGCACUGUUAUCCUGACGAGACACCCGUCCAUUCUCUGUGAGACCAACUCUUUGAGGGCUGAAUAUAUCUUUCAGAGCGAUAAGUAUUACGACGCGUCCUAUGAUUCCGGAGAUAAGUCCAUACAAUGCGGUCGAAAGUCAGACACUCUUAAGCUAUGGCUUCAACUUAAAGCUUACGGCAGGUCUGGGAUGGAGGCGGCGGUCAAUAAUGUCUACGAUAUGGCACAAUAUAUAACUGAAAAGUUGAGAGAAAGGCCGGGCUUUAAGUUAGUGAUGGAUGAGUUCGAGAGUAAUCUCAUCUCUUUCUGGUAUAUUCCGCCAAAAAUGAGAUCCAAUGGUCACUCGUUGGCACCGGAAGUGUUGUCCAAAGUGGCGCCGAUGAUCAAGAAGCGGAUGAUGGACUGCGGCUCACUUAUGAUAGGCUAUCAGCCGCUGUCCACCAAACAGUUGCCCAACUUUUUCCGACUCAGUAUCACUUGCUUUCCCGAGUCAAACACCCGGGACAUGGAUUUCAUUCUGGAUGAGAUCGAGACACUCGGCAAAGACAUACUCUUGUGA